CGCGGCGCUCAGCGCCGUCGACACCAGUAUGUCUGUGCAUGAGUAGGAGCGCGAUGGGUGUUCAUGAAUUCGAAGUUGUUACCCCGAAUUGCCACCUGCCAUCAGUCGGGCCGCCUCCACCACGGCCGGGGGCAAAUAUUUCCGCGCCAUUGUUGAUGCCCAGAAUUCAUAGCCAUCCUCUGUCCAUAUUUCCACACUUCCUACACGCUACACCAUGCCGCCAGUCCCACCAGCAAGCAUCAAGGGCAAGGGCAAGGCGGUCUCUUACUUCUCGGACGACGAGGAGCAUGGCGAGGCCGGCGAGCCGGUGCCUCUUACUCAAAACGGGCGCAAGCGUAAACACCAGGCGAAUGGGCAGCCCAACGGGGCGGAGAAGCGCAAGAAGAAGUUGAUGAAGAAGAAGAAACCAAAGAGCAGCAAGGAUGCCGAGGAGGAGCGCGCGCGAAUCGCCGCCGAGCUGCUGCUUACACGGUACGAGCUGCCGUUCUACCAGGGUCGAAGACACAUCCUGGACCAGAUUGUGAAGAAUGACACUGUGGUGAUUAUCGGCGAGACGGGCUGCGGCAAGUCGACGCAACUGGGCCAGCUGCUGCGGCGCCAUAGCAUCGCCGCGGGCCAUUGGCCGUAUGGGCCCAGCGUGGCGAUCACCCAGCCCCGCCGGCUACCCACAAUCUCGCUUGCUAGCCGUGUGGCGGCCGAGAUGGGUGUUGUGCUCGGCUCAGAGGUAGGCUACAGCGUGCGAUUCGAGGACGUGACGAGCCGGGACACGCGCUUGCGCUUCCUCACGGAGGGUGUGUUGAUGCGCGAGCUCGCGAACGCGCAGCAGUUUGGCAAGGACAAGGCGAAGGAGCCGAACGGGAAGCUGAAGGAGGAGAGCGAGGGCGAGGGCAAGGGCAAGGGCAAAGCCAAGGGGAAGAAGAGGGCCAACGGCACGACAGGGGACGACGGCCUCAACCUUCUCCUCCGGUACGACGUCGUAGUCAUUGACGAGGCGCACGAGCGUACGCUCAACACCGACUUCCUCCUUGGCUGCCUGCGCAAGAUCCAGGAGGUGCGGAGGGAGAUGGGACACCCUCUCAAGGUCGUCAUCAUGAGUGCUACGCUCGAUCCGAAGAAGUUCACCGACUUCUUCGGCGGGUGUCCCGCCCUCCAUGUCCCCGGACGCAUGUUUGAUGUCGCGACGAGCCACGUCACGAAGCCUGUCGACGACUUCAUCGAAGCGGCGGCAGAAGCCGUCAUGAUGAUCCACAACCGCAAGCCGAGUCCCCCCGGCGAAGUGCUCGUGUUUAUGCCUGGCUCGGACGAGAUCGAGACGGUGGUUGCGCUCCUGCGUCGUCGCGCCAACGAGCUUCCUCCCGAUGCGCAGGGCCUGCAAGUUCUUCCCUUGUAUGCCGCCCUUCCGCCCACAGCCCAGGCCAAGAUCUUCGCGCCCGUCCCGCCAAAGACCCGACGCAUCGUCGUCUCCACCAACGUUGCUGAAACGUCGCUCACCAUCCCCGGCAUCGCUUUCGUUGUCGACUCCGGCUUCCGGAAGGAGAAGGAGUACAUCCACCGCGCAUCGGGCGCGAUCGAGCACCUGCGCAAGACGCCCAUUUCGCAGGCGUCAGCAUGGCAACGCACAGGGCGAGCGGGCCGCGAAAUGGCUGGAGAGUGUCUGCGACUGUAUACCGAAGCGGCGUUCUUCAAGAUGGCGAUGUUCGACACACCCGAGAUCCAGCGGUGCAACCUCUCCAACGCGGUGCUGCAGCUCAUCGCGAUGCGCCAAGACCCUUUCACUUUCGGCUACCUGGACCCGCCGAGCCGGGACGCUGUCGCGGCGGCAUUCCGCGCCCUCGCGGGCCUCGGCGCGAUCUCGUCCCCGACGCAGAUCACGCCGCGCGGGCGCGACAUGCUCCGCUACCCGCUUGAGCCGGAGCACGCGCGCAUCCUCCUCGCGGGCUUCGAGGGCGGGUGCGCGAGCGAGAUCAUCGACGUGCUCUCGCUCGUGGUGGCCGGCCAAGUCUUCGUCGACCGCGGGGACACGCGCGACGCGGCGGCCGCCGCACGCGCAAAGUUCGUGCACCGCGACGGCGACCAUCUCACGGGCAUGAACGUGCUGCGCGCGUACAUCGCCCUCAAAGAAGACUUGCAGGAGGGCGAAGGCGCCGGUGGCGUCGGCGGGGUCGGCGCGUGGUGCCGCGCCAACUAUGUGAACGGGCGCACGCUCGCGCAGGCCGUACGCAUCCGCGCGCAGCUGCGCGACCUCGCCAUCCGGUUCGGCCGCGACCCCGAGAGCUGUGCCGAGCCGGGCGCUGUCGGCGCCGCGCUCCUCGCGGGCCUGUUUAUGAACACGGCAGUCAUCCAAGCCGACGGGAGUUACAAGCAGACGGCGGGCGCGCUCGUCGUCAAGAUCCACCCUAGUAGCGUGCUCGCUGGCAGGAAGGUGCCUGCUAUCGUGUACGAUGAGCUCGCGAUCACGAGCGCCAUCUACGCCCGCGGCGUCAGCGCCUUUGACCAGAACUUGCUGUCCGAAAUCCCCUGGUUCCGCGCCGCAGCGCGCCCUGUCGAGCGCAAGGCGGCGUAGAUGUUUACAUAGAUUACAUAGCAUGUUGCAUUGCAUGGGCGAG